UAUAGUGGGAGAAGGAUCGUUUCGCGGUUUUUUUCUUUGCGCUGACGGUAGCGCACGCGUGCGCUCACGUUACCUUCUAUACACAUCUUCCUUUCUUUUUUUUUUGUCUUCUCCUACAUGUUCUCCUCUUCAGUGCGUUGUCCCUUUCGUGUUACAUAUAUACAUAUAUAUUAUACAUGUAUAUAUAACUUAACUACACACACAUAUAUAUUUAGAUAUGUAUAGGUAUACGUACCUAGCUAUUGUCUGCACGUGUAUCAAUUUUUAUUCGGAUCUGAUUUUUUCAUCUUGGAAUUAUUUUGAAUGUAAUCAAGAAGGAAGAAGAAAAGCAGUUAGUUUUUUUUUUUUUCAUUUUUUCAUUUAUACACGGAGGAGAGAAAGUAUUUUCUAUUCUUCGCAGAAACACGCGUGACAUUUUUUCAAGGACUAUUCAAGUUAACUUGUCAACAUGGUUUAUCAUUGGCAAAGUCAAAAUGUCAAAGUUUCGGGGGUGGACGACAUGGUGCUACUUCCAAAAAUCACAGAGGAAGCCAUUCUCGAAAAUCUCAAAAAAAGAUAUAUAGACGAUUAUAUAUUCACAUGCAUCGGCCCUGUCCUGGUAUCGAUCAACCCAUUUAAACAAAUGCCAUAUUUUGGUGAAAAGGAAAUAGAAAUUUACCAAGGAGCCGCACCCUACGAAAAUCCUCCACACAUUUACGGAUUGGCAGAUGACAUGUAUAGAAACAUGUUGAUCGAUAAUGAGAGUCAAUGUGUUAUUAUAAGCGGUGAAUCCGGUGCUGGUAAAACUGUAGCAGCUAAAUACAUAAUGUCGUAUAUAGCAAGGAUAAGUGGGGGUGGUGAAAAAGUACAGAGAGUUAAAGACGUGAUUUUGGAAUCUAAUCCACUUUUAGAAGCUUUCGGCAAUGCCAAAACUAUGAGAAACAAUAAUAGCAGCAGAUUUGGUAAAUACGUUGAGAUACAAUUCGGUACAGGUGGACAACCAAACGGUGGAAAAAUAUCGAAUUUUUUAUUAGAAAAAUCCAGAGUGACAUGUCACAAUCCCGGAGAAAGGAACUUUCAUAUAUUUUAUCAAUUGGCAACCGGUGCUGACUCUCAAAUGAAAUCUGAAUUGGGAUUGACUGAUCUUGAUUAUUAUCAAUAUUUGAGUUAUGGUGGUAAUCAUAAAGUGGAAGGUACCAACGAUGCUCGUGAUUUUCAAGAAACAUUGAAAGCUUUACGAGUUAUGGGAAUACAAAACAAUGAAGUAUCUGACAUAUUUAAGUUGGUAGCAGGGAUACUUCAUGUUGGAAAUAUUCAAUUCGUUGAAAAAGGAAAUUAUUCGCAAAUUGCUGAUAAACAAUUUCUCGAUUUUCCUGCUUACCUAUUCGGAAUCUCUGCGGAACAGUUGUCGCACAAAUUGACGUCUCGUGAAUUCGAAUCAAAAUGGGGAAGCCAUUCUGAAAGUGUAGACGUGACUUUGAACGUUGAACAAGCCCUUUAUACACGAGAUGCCCUGGCUAAGGAUGUUUAUACCAGACUUUUCGAUCAUUUGGUUAAGAGAGUAAAUUCGGCGAUGGAAACUAAUACCGAUAGUUACGAAAUUGGAAUAUUGGACAUUUACGGUUUCGAAAUAUUCGAGAAAAAUGGUUUCGAACAAUUCUGCAUUAAUUUCGUUAAUGAAAAAUUACAACAAAUCUUCAUAGAAUUAACGUUAAAGGCUGAACAGGAAGAAUACGUAGCGGAAAAUAUACGAUGGACACCUAUAGAAUAUUUUAACAAUGCAAUAGUAGUUGAAUUAUUGGAAGGUAAAAGACCGCCAGGAUUAUUUUUGGUGUUGGAUGACAUUUGUGCAACCCUUCAUGGCAGUAGUACUGGUGCUGAUGCAGGUUUACAAAAGAAACUGACGGUUGCGGCGAACCAGCACGCACACUUUCAAAAUACAGCCGAAGGUUUCGCCAUUCUUCACUAUGCCGGGGUCGUAUCCUACUCGGUCGAUGGUUUCUGCGAUAAAAACCGUGACGUGCUUUUCCUAGACUUGAUAGAACUGAUGCAGACGAGUACAAACCCUUUGGUACGUAAUCUUUAUCCACCUGAAAAAGAUAUUUACAAAACGAAAACAUUACAAAAAUCUCGGCCAACAACUGCAGGAAGUAAAAUAAGAACUCAAGCAAGUCGUUUGGUUGGACAAUUAAUGAGAUGUACACCUCAUUACAUUCGUUGUAUUAAACCUAACGAAACGAAAAAACCUAGGGAUUGGGAUCAGGUCAGAGUCAAACAUCAGGUCGAGUAUUUGGGUUUGAAGGAAAAUAUCAGAGUACGUAGAGCAGGAUUCGCUUAUCGAAGACCAUUUGCAAAAUUUCUUCACAGAUAUGCGAUUCUCACUAAAGAAACUUGGCCACGUUGGACCGGUGAUGAGAAACGUGGCGUGGAAUACAUACUUGGAAGUAUUAACAUUGAUAGAUCGCAAUAUCAACUUGGAAAAUCAAAAUUAUUUAUCAAGGCACCUGAAACGCUUUUCAUGUUGGAAGAAGCGAGGGAUCGAAAAUACAAUUUGUAUGCGCGAAUAAUACAAAAAGCUUUUAAAAAAUAUUUCACGCGAAAGAGACAGGCCCAACAAAAACAGGAAGCUGCUGAUUUGUUGUUCGGUCACAAGGAACGUAGACGAGCAAGUUUAAAUCGAAACUUUGUGGGUGAUUAUAUUGGAAUGGAGGCUAAACCAUUGACGAUGAAUUUAAUUGGUAGAAGAGAGAAGGUCUUAUUCGCAGAAAUUGUUAAGAAAUAUGACAGAAGGUUUAAGGUAUGCAGAAGAGAUCUCUUGCUUACCGGUAAAUUCCUAUAUUUGAUUGGUCGUGAACAAAUCAAAAAGGGUCCUGAAAAAGGUAAAACCGUGGAAAUAAUCAAAAGAAAAUUAUCAUUCGACCAAAUAAGUCACGUUUCAUUGAGCACGCUACAAGACGACUUUGUUGUAAUACAUACUAAAGAGGAUUAUGCUAGUCUAUUGGAAUUAGUCUUCAAGACGGAAUUCUUAUCAUUGUUGAAUAAAAAAUAUAUGGAAGAAGUUGGACACGCUUUGAUAAUAAGAUUUAAUAAUAAUAUAGAGUACAAAGUUAAGAAAGAGGGUUGGGGUGGUGGAGGUAUGAGACAAUUAAUAUUCAAUCAAAUCGAUUAUGGUGAUAAAGAAAUAUUAAAAUCAAGUGGAAAGGUCUUGAAUGUUAGUAUCGGACCAGGUUUACCGAGUACUACUAAACCAAAUCCGAAUAGAUCGACUACCAUGAAUUUUCAUACGAUUUACAAAGAAAAUACUGACAAUUUUCAAAGUUCUCGUACUAUUGGAAAAACGGUCAAUCAAAUGGGUCAAAUGAGAACAAUAGAAAAUACAGAUCGUGAAGGAAACGAUCAGACUUGUUCGAUUGGAUCGAAUAUCUCAACUAGAACCUCUGAUUUACGACCUGUCGCAGCUACGAGAAACGUUAAUUCUAACACGUCGAAUACCGUUUCUAAUGGUAGACCAAGCAUACCACCUAAUCGACCAAAUUUCAGGCCAACGCUAUUUCAAAACAGUACCAAAGAUACUACUACUAAUAAAAGUACAAAUAAACAACAACCUAACAAAUUGCAGAGUUCAAUCACGAUGAUGGGAAUGUUCACGAAUCCUGGUGGUGGCCCACGUGGUUUGUUAAAAUUUCCCCCACCACCAACGGAUCCACCACCAAUGCAAGAUAACACGAGACAUUCGUCUGGAUUUAAAUUACCUGCAUUAAAUACUAAAGAAUAUAACAAUAAUAAUAACAACAAUCAACAUUUGUUAAAUACUAGAAUAAAACGUAUCGAAGGUGGUGGAGCUAGUGCUAAAGAUAGGAAUGUAUCACGUAAUACGGUUAAUCCUAAUCAAAUGCCUCCACAAAAACCGCCUCCACCAAAUUUACCUAAGGUCAAGGCAAUUUACGAUUACAGCCCACAAGAUCUCGAUGAGCUUGCAUUAAAGGAAGGUGACGUAAUCGAAGUACUCAAAGAACACGAGGGUGGAUGGUGGCACGGAAGACUGAAAGGAAAAACUGGCCUUUUUCCUUCGAAUUAUGUAGCAAAAGUAUAGAAUAAUAUUAGCUGAAAUUAAAUUCAAAUUUAAUCUUUAGUAAAUUUGUAUAAGAAAUAAAGAAUUAUUAUAACAACAACAAAAAUGGAAUAAUACAAAAGUCAGAAAAAUAUCUCGCGUUGUUUUUCUAUUGGAAAUUUUUGUGUAACGAAUUAAAAUUCAACGUUCUUAUUAUCGACAAGAAAAAACGAAAACUAUAAAAUGAGCGUAUGAAAAUUGUUGUUAAUAUUGUAUUAUUACAACGUUAAUAUCGCUACUAUUAUUAUUAUAAUUAUAAUAAUUAUUAAUAUUAUUUGAUUAAUAUAUGUCGGGUGUAGAAAGUAAAGUGAUUUAUUUACCAAAAAAUGCAUUUAUACUUUUUUUUUGUUACUAAUAAUAAUGAUUUAUUCAUUGCACUAUUUUUGCUCUAAACGAUAUCGACGUCGUU